UACAUCCAAUAUCUUGUGCCAUGCAUGCAGAAAAAUGCUCUGAAGCCAGCUCAGUAUUUAUGGUAGAGGCUGAAAUGUUUUAUAGACUGUAUCAAAGACAGAUCAUUUAAAUGGAGGUGUUUGUUAUUUAAUGUAACACUGGAUUCAGAAUUUCUGAUUGUGUUAAAAAGGAUGAAUAUAGUUCUGUGUAAGCUUCUGUGUCAGAGUUGACACAACAAUUACUGGAGUGGAUUCUUGGCGGUUUCGUUUAGAUAGGGAUCACUGUGCAGCUGCUGAAACCUUCGCUGCAGCUUGUUGUCUCUGCCGCUUGAUGGCGCUGUGUGACGUUAACGGGCAUUUUAAAGGGACAGAGUGAGUCUUGAGGUCCAAGCUGCUACUGUAUAACCGAAACUAAAGACCUGUUUUCAUUGGCUGACGGAACGAGCGUCAGACAUACGUAGGCUAUGAAACUGUGGAGUUGGAGGUACCAAUAUCUCCGGGAUGAGACGUUUAGGGGGCGGAAAAAAAGUGGACGAACAUUAUAAUGAAAAUAUAAUCAAAAUUAAUCUUUCAGCCUGAUGUAAAACAACUCUUAGACAUUUACGCAUUUCUUCUUUUUUUACAUAAUUAGAUAAAAAACUCAUUUAAGGGAGUUGCGAUUAGGCCGAAUCCAUGGUUAUGUCUAUAAUCUAUAUUUUGUUAUAUUAUUUAUAUGAACGUAUAAUCCAAACACUAAUAGCAUGAAUAAUAAUAGAUAGUAAUCAGUAAUACUAGAUUGCACUUCGAUUGGCGUUGCACGUUCACCAGUUAGUGGUGAGAAUUACGAGGCGCCCGUGAAGUGGUCUUAUGUCGGCUCACUGAUGUAACGCGUCAAUGUGUCUGGCGACAGAUUACAGUGGAUGUGUGAAGGAGGAGGGGACGCGGUUGAGCAGAAACAAACACAAAUGACGGUCGGGUCGGACUAACGGCUGCUCCGGGCUCGCGUCGCUCCUCGGCUCCUCCGCCAUGGAUUUCCUCCUGAGCGGCGUGGCGGCGUGCGGGGCGUGCGUGUUCACCAACCCGCUGGAGGUGGUCAAAACCCGCAUGCAGCUGCAAGGGGAGCUGCAGAGCCGGGGCACGUACCGCGUUUACUACCGCAACGUGUUCCACGCGUUUUACACCAUCGGGAAGGUGGACGGGCUGGCCGGCCUGCAGAAGGGACUGGUGCCCGGCCUGUUCUACCAGUUCUUCAUGAACGGGGUUCGGCUGGGCUCGUACGCCGUCAUCGAGUCCUCCGGGUACAUCCACACAAAUGGACGGGUCAGCGCCGUCAAAACCACCGUAUCGGGGGCUCUGGCUGGAGUGGUGGGAGCCGUGAUGGGCAGCCCCAUAUACCUGGUCAAGACGCAUCUACAGAGCCAGGCCGCCUCCUCCAUAGCUGUUGGACACCAGUACAAGCACCAGGGCAUGGUCCACGCGCUGGCAGCCAUCUACAGGGAGCACGGCGUCCUGGGACUGUGGAGGGGCUCCAGCGCCGCCGUGCCGCGGGUCAGCGUCGGGUCGGCGGCUCAGCUCUCCACCUUCUCCUCAGCCAAGGAGCUUGUGACGGACCUACAGGUCUUCUCUAAGGACAGCUGGCUGGUGGCGCUGAGCGCCGGCAUGAUCAGCAGCGUGGUGGUGGUGCUGGCCAUGACGCCCUUCGACGUGGUGAGCACGCGACUCUACAACCAGCCCGUGGACCACUUGGGCAAGGGUCAGCUUUAUAAAGGCUUCCUUGACUGCUUCUCCAAGACGCUGAGGAAGGAGAGUGUGACGGGACUCUACAAAGGACUGGGAGCCUCUUAUUUCCGACUCGGUCCUCACACAAUUCUGUCUUUGUUCUUCUGGGACGAACUGCGUAAACUGUACAAACAGUGCUGGCGUGGGUCCUGUAGCAGAGAACCUGGGCCAGCAGGGCGCAGCUGAGGAAGGCCGACAGCGUGUGCGAGACGGUCGCCAUGGAACUUCCCGUCUCCUGCACAUUGAAGCAUUUCCAGUAGAAAACAACGACAGUAAAGGUUGUCAGUGUAAACUGUACAUUAGUGCAGCAGUGUGAGUGAUUCUGGACGCGCUCACCUGUACAGAAGUGAAGGUGGCUCCCAGGGAGCCGGCCCACGUCAGAAACACAGACAGACUGGACAGUUGUCCUGUGUGACCGUUACAGUAAUUUGUUCCAGCCUGAAGAGCCUGAAAUCAACAAAUCCGUCAACACAUCUUCACAUUUACGGCCAAUCGUGAACUUUAGGCUUUUAAAUCCUGCAACGGCAGACAGUACCUUGCUUGCGAUGAGGGCUGCCACACUGGAGCUGUGCAUCGCUAAGAUGACUUUUGCAGCUGCAUAGGAGCCGAGGAGGAACAUUACACACGUGUAGGCCAAGACGAACAGCAGUCCUGCCAUGCAAACACACAAGGGUUCACAACACAUGGAUGAGAAGAUUGACACUGUUUACAGACAUAUGCUGCAGGAGAAAAAAAAGCAUAAUUACACAGUUUGAGUAAUUAUAUGACAGAACCUAGAAUUAUCAUAUUUUCUUAGUUGCGUGGACUGUAAAUAAAAAGGCUUUUUACCAA